CAUAAAUUGAAUUUAUUUUGAUAUUAAUAAAAUAUAACCUUAAAUUUUGUUUGAAGUAAUUUGAAGAUUUACUGAACAAACACUAGCAAUAUAAAUUUAUUUGAAGUGCCAGAGAAACUUUAAAAUAUUAAAAAGAUAUGGAAAUAGAGCCUUUUUAGAUUAUUUUUGAUCAGUAUGAAGAUAAUGAAAAGAGGAUUGAGAAAAUGUAUAUCAAAAACUCUGAUCCUGAGUUGAAGGAUAUGCAUGUAGAGUUUAAAUUGUUUGAUACCAAAAAGAUUCGCUUAAGUCCUUAAUGCUUUGUCUUGGCUCCAAACGAAAUUAAGGAGGUUAUUAUAGAAUUGAUUCCAUGCGAGAUUACUAGUAGAUUAGAACUUUAAGAUUUUAUGUUUGUUACUGCAAACUAAGGAGAGUUUGAAAAGCGUAUAUCAAUUCAAAUUAAUCAUAAAUCUUUGCAACGUUUUGAUACAAAUACAUCAAGAUAUCAAUUAGAGCCUGAUGUUCAUAAAACAAGUUUAAGAAGUAGCCAGUUAUAAGAAAGAGCCCUGCAUUAGAUAUUGGAAGAGAAAGAUCGUUUAAUCCAAAGAUUAGAAGAUAAAAUAUAAAGAAAUGACUCAUAUUAUUCAAAAAUAGAGCAUAUUUUAAGAAACAAUUCUAAUUACAAUGAGAUAUAAACUCUCCUUAAUUAAAUUAAAGAGAGAGAUUAAAGAGAAAUCGAUUAUAGAGAGAAAUAAUUUUAAAAUGCUAUUAAGUAGAAAGAUCUCUUAUUGAAGCAGUAAGACGGAGAUUUAUAGAGCUUAAGGGAUAACUUAUUUAUUUUAAAUCAAUAAAAUUCAGAGUUGAAGGAAAGAUUAAGGAUUUUAUAAACACAAGAUAUUCAAAGCUAAUUAUUGUCAAAUAAAUAAAUUUAAAACAUAGAGGAAGCCUUAGAUAAAUAGAGGUUCAAAUAUGAAGAAAAGAUUCAAAACUAUAGAAGCGAAAUAGAGAGCUUGAAAGGAAUUAUUAAUGCUGAAAAAAAGAAAAAUUAAUAGAUAUUACUUCAAACAGAACUUUUAUAAAAUGACAAAGACUAUAUCUAGCAACAAUUUGAAGAAUCUGAACAAAGAUAUUACUAAGCUAAAAACGAAGCUGAAAUGCUACUCGAGAAGCUCCAUCAAGCUAAAUUGGCAAAUGCUACUAACGAAAGAAAUAGAAUUCAAUCAUUAGAAAACGAAAUUGAACAGCUCAGAUAAAAUUAACUCAAUAUUUAUUCAGAAGAAGGCAAGCUUAUUUAAUAGUAUAAAAAAUAGAAUGAAGAUUUGACUAAAAAGUAUAAUCACCUAUAAAAGCUGUUAGAAGAGAAUGAAAAAUAAAAAUUAGAAGAUCUUAAAAAGCAGUAGGAUGCCCAUCAAAAAGAAUUGUAAGAAAAGAUUGAAAAGGAGAAAUUGGAAUAGAAAGAACCUGAAUAAAACCUGUAACCAGUUGUCUAAGAUAUAGAAUCUAACAGAUAUAAGAUGAAGUAUGAGGCUAAAAAAUAGAAAUACAAAAACUUAAAAACUGAAAUGAAGAAUAUGUAUGAAGAAUUAAAAUAAAUGACUUAAGAAAAUAUAGAUAAUAAUUAAAAAAUAAACUCAUUAAACUAGCAAAUAUAGCAUUAUAAUCAUCAAUUGUAGUAAGCUAACUAAUAAUUGCAUUUGCUUUAGUCGUCAAACAAAGAUAACGUAAACAGCAGGAUAGCUAUGAUAGAAAAAAUUAAAGAUAGAUUUGAAGACUAGCUUAAACAAUCAUAAUAAAAAUAUCAAGAAGAACUACAGCUUCAAGCAGAUCAAAUACAAAAUUUGAAAGCUGAAAUAGAAAGAAAAAUGAGAGACUUGCAAAAGCUACAAAAUACAAUUUAAGAAAAAGAUGAAGAUAUCAAUUCUCUCAAGGUAUAGAUUUAAGAAUAAAAAGAGAAGUAAAAGAAGUCAUCUAAAAAUUUGCAGCCUAAAGAAGACCUUAGCUAAAAAGUUAAGAGUCUCAAUCAAGCCUUAAGCUAAAAAGAAAGUAAAAUAGAAGAAUUGUAAAAAGAGUUAAAAGAUAUUAAAUCUGAAAAAGAUGAAAUUGAGAAAACUACUAAAAAGAAAUAGCAAAAUUUUGAAAAGAAAAUAUAAGAAAUUGAAACACAGAAAAAGCAGUUUGAAGAUUAAAUCUUUAACGAAUCUGAUAAAUCGACAAUAUUAUUCGAAUCAACUCUGAAGUAGCUCAGAAUUGAGAACAAAGAACUUGAAAGAAAGUAUUUUGAAGAAAUAGAAAAUUAUAAGAUUAUUUAAUCCCAGUUUUGUGAAAAAGAAAUGCUUUACAAAAAUGAAAUAGAUGACCUGUAAAGAAAAAUUCAAGAGCUUAAACACCUGAACUCAUCAGAUGUUACAUAUGAUAAUAUCAAUUAGUAAAAAGUAUCACGAAAUGUUUAGUAAUUGCAAGAAGAAGUGAUUUUGGCUAGAGAAUAAAUUAGGGAUUUGAGUCUGUAACUAAAAGAUGUCAGUGAAAGCGCAUUCUAACUUGAAAGAUAGUUAAAUGAAAUUAUACAAAAGUAUGAAGAAAGCUAAUAAUAGAUAAUUAAAUACAAAGCUAUUGAAGAUGAAAUGGAGUAGUUAAAAAGAAGAUCCCAAAGAGAAUAAUAAUACAAAGAGCAAAUAAAUGAAGAACUAGAAGCUCUUAAGUAAUACGUAUAAGAAAUACAAAGAUAAAAAGACAAUAUCUCUGUUUAAAUUAAGCUUAAAGACGAAGCUAUUCAAGAAGGCAAAGAGUAUUAGUAAGAUUUAAUUAAAUUUAUGAAAGAAUUAGAGCAAAAAUAUCAAGAGCUUGAAAAUUAAACUACAGGAUAAUCAUAUGAUUUAAAUUCUUAGGUUUCUUAUUAUAUUCAGCAAGUUGAUUUACUUACAUUCGAAAACAAAAGAAUUCAUGAUAAAAACUAAACAAUUAACAGCGACUUAGCUGCUCAAAUCAAAGAAAGUAAAGAUUUAAAAGCCAGGCUUAUAUAAGAAGAGCAAAAAUCAAAAACUUUAGAAGCUCAGCUCAGCUAAUAUGACAAAACUAAAAAGAAAUAAUUGUAAACUUUAAAAUCUCAAUUCGCAGAGUAAAAAGACUACAACGAAAUUCUUUACUAAGAAAAAGAGGCUCUUUAAAUCAAAAUCGAAGAAAUGCACCAAAUUAUGAUAGAUAGCGAGUAGAUUUACUAAACACAUAUAAAUAUAGUGAAAAGCAAAUUUAAUCAAGAUUACAAAGAAUUUAUUGAGUAGGUAAACGCUAAAAUAAAGUUUUUUAUAGCAAAAAAAGAUCAAGUUGAUGUUAAGUCUAAAGUGUUGAAAAUGUUUGAGAGAUAUUUAGAGGAAAUACCAACUGUAUCUGAAAAAGAAGCAAAGAUUAAAUCUAUGUCAAAUAAAAUAUAGCUUCUUAAAGAUUAACUAGCAGAGAAACAGAACGAAAUUGAAAAUCAGUAAAAUAAAGGAAAUUACAAUCCUAAUCAAACAAAUAACGUAAACAAUGCAAAUAAUGCUGUUAAUAAAGCUGUAAAACCAAGCAAUAAGUAUACUUUGGAGACAAUAGUUGAGCAUGCUAAAAUUAUAGUGCAAAAGCAGGAUAUCGAAAAACUAUUCACAGAAAUUCAGUAAUACAAACAGCUUGUAGAGUAGAAACAAUCUGAAAUAGAUUCUUUGAAUAAGUAAGGACAUGAAAAAGAUGAAAAAAUUAAACAACAAUCUGCUUUCAUUCAAAAAAGUAAAGAAGAUUUGCAAAACGAAAAAUAAAGAGCUGAUAAAAUCUAAGAAGAAAAAGAUGAAAUUCAAAAACAAAUAAAGAGUCUUUAGGCUUAGUUAAAGGCUAAAAAUAAUACUAUUGAGUAGAAAAAUGAAGAGCUAAAUAAAAUAGCAUUUUUAAAGCAAUACAAUGACUAAUUAAAAGAGGAUAAUGCCAAAAAAGAAGAAUAAAUAGCUUAGAAUGAAAAACUCAUAAAAAAUUAAAGAGAUUAAAUUGGAAAAUUAACAAAGCAAAUACAGGAAAUAGAAAGAAAAGAUGAUUACGUGAAAGAAAUGCAAGAAAAAUACAACAAAAUGAAAGAGGAAGCUAUAUUAGUACUAAAUGAUAAUAAAAAAUAUUAAGAAUAGAUCGCUUCAUUGAAAAAUGAUAUUGUUCGCAAAGACCUUCUACUUUAAGAUAAAAUACAAUUAGAAGAAAAACAUAUAAAGUUAAAACAAGUCUAUGAAAAACUAAAAGAGAAUAACUCAAAAAAUAAAGAUAAUAUAAAGAAACUUACAGCAACAAUUAAAAUGAAAGAUUAAGUCAAUUAAUAAUUAAAAUCAUAAGUAUUUGAUGAUGAAGAUAUUUCCUAAGACUAAUCAGAAAAUAAAACUAAUAAUGUAAUCAAAUAAGAAAAUUGGAAAAAAUCCCCAGUUAGGUUUACAAAAACUACAUCCUAAAACCAAUUACAAGAUUAUUGAUGUUUAUUAAAAUAGUUUUUAUGGUGCCUUUUUUAAUAAAUCAAUCAUGUUAUUUAGCAACCUCUAACUAUCUAAGUAUUUAUUUUUAUAUGUAUCUAACUUUCUAUAUAUAUAUAUUUACGUACUUCAGAACUAUCAAACUUUCUAUCUAUUUUAAAAAAAUAAUUAUUUAGUUAAUUAAUAUUAUUUUUAUAAUGAUAAAAAUCUCAUUAAGAUUAGUUGAUUUAUUUCAUUUUCUUCCUCGUUUUUCAUCAAAAUUAAAUCAAUAUGAG